CCGUCCAGUGGGUGUUGUUGCAAUGGUGGUGUCGGUGGGACAUUGAAUGACUUUGGCUCCAUCGCGAAUAUAGCAGGUUUAUUUCAUUCAUAAACCGCGAACAUGGAGGCUCUUAUCCCCGUAAUAAACAAGCUCCAAGAUGUCUUCAACACAGUCGGUGCGGAUAUCAUACAGCUGCCGCAGAUAGCAGUAGUGGGGACUCAGAGCAGUGGUAAGAGCUCAGUGCUGGAGAGCCUGGUGGGCAGGGACCUGCUGCCCCGUGGGACUGGUGUCGUAACCAGGCGACCUCUCAUCCUCCAGCUGGUCCAUGUAGAUCCAGGAGAUGCAAGGAAAAAUGAUGAAAGUGGCAGAGAGUGUGAAGAGUGGGGCAAGUUUCUGCACACAAAAAAUAUGAUCUACACAGAUUUUGAUGAAAUCAGGCAAGAAAUUGAAAAUGAAACAGAGCGAGUAUCGGGGAAUAAUAAGGGGAUCAGCGAUGAACCCAUUCAUCUGAAGAUAUUUUCGCCUCAUGUUGUCAACCUCACACUGGUGGAUCUGCCAGGAAUCACUAAGGUGCCUGUGGGUGAUCAGCCUAAAGACAUCGAGCUUCAGAUUAAAGAUCUAAUCCUGAAGCACAUCUCUAACCCAAACUCCAUCAUCCUGGCUGUCACUGCGGCCAACACAGACAUGGCCACCUCGGAGGCCCUCAAGGUGGCCCGGGAGGUCGACCCUGACGGCAGGAGGACACUGGCUGUGGUGACCAAGCUGGAUCUGAUGGACGCCGGUACUGAUGCUAUGGAUGUACUGAUGGGCAGAGUCAUUCCUGUCAAACUGGGCCUCAUUGGAGUAGUCAAUAGGAGCCAGCUGGACAUCAACAAUAAAAAGUCUGUGGCUGAUGCCAUUCGGGACGAACAUGCUUUCCUGCAGAAGAAAUACCCAUCCCUCGCCAACAGAAACGGAACCAAAUACCUGGCCAGAACCCUGAACAGGUUACUGAUGCAUCACAUCCGAGACUGUCUCCCUGAGUUGAAGACACGGAUCAACGUCCUGGCAGCCCAGUACCAAUCCCUGCUCAGCAGCUACGGCGAACCCGUUGAAGACCAAAGUGCCACCUUGCUCCAGCUCAUCACUAAGUUCGCCACAGAAUACUGCAACACCAUAGAGGGCACGGCCAAAUACAUAGAGACGGCAGAGCUGUGCGGUGGAGCCAGGAUUUGUUACAUAUUCCACGAGACUUUUGGUAGAACAUUGGAGUCUGUGGAUCCUCUGGGAGGACUCAGCACCAUUGACAUCCUAACAGCCAUAAGGAAUGCAACAGGCCCGCGCCCGUCCCUUUUUGUGCCCGAGGUUUCCUUCGAGCUGUUGGUGAAGAAACAGGUGAAACGCCUGGAGGAGCCCAGUUUGCGCUGCGUGGAGCUGGUCCACGAGGAGAUGCAGAGGAUCAUCCAGCACUGCAGCAACUACAGCACGCAGGAGCUGCAGAGAUUCCCUAAGCUACACGAGGCCAUUGUGGAAGUUGUCACCUCCCUUCUGAGGAAGAGACUGCCUAUUACCAACGAGAUGGUGCAUAACUUGGUUGCAAUAGAGCUCGCCUACAUCAACACCAAACACCCAGACUUUGCAGAUGCCUGUGGGGUCUUGAAUAACAAUAUAGAGGAGCAAAGGAGAAACAGGAUGAGGGAGCUUCCCACUGCAGUGCCCAGAGAUAAGGCCCCAGCAGCAGGGCCCCAAGGCGAGCAGGAUGGCACUGGGAACUGGAGGGGGAUGUUGAAGAAAGGGGAUGAAGCCCCCGGCUCUGGACCUGGGAGCCCCCUUAAAGGAGCUGUCAACCUGCUUGAUGUGCCUGUGCCGGUUGCCAGGAAGCUGUCAUCACGUGAGCAGCGUGACUGUGAGGUCAUCGAGCGUCUCAUCAAGUCUUACUUCCUCAUCGUUCGCAAGAAUAUCCAGGACAGUGUGCCGAAGGCAGUGAUGCACUUCUUGGUCAACCAUGUGAAGGACAGCCUCCAGAGCGAGCUCGUUGGCCAGCUGUAUAAAUCUGGCCUCCUCAAUGAUCUGCUGACUGAAUCGGAGGAUAUGGCCCAGCGGCGUAAGGAGGCCGCCGACAUGCUACAGGCGUUGCAAAAAGCCAGCCAGGUGAUCGCUGAGAUCAGGGAAACGCAUCUCUGGUGAAAAGAUCUACAAAGGGAGCCGAACCGGAUCGGUUAUCGCCUCAUCAUGCCUAAUGGGGCGAUGCUCCAUGCACUCAUCAUGUCUGAACAUGAAGUUUUGGAUUUGCAUCCAUGAAAAUGCACUGAUCUGAUCCCUGCUCAAAUGUACAGUAGGUAUCGAAUUGGCUCACAAGCUAUCUGAAAGAAAUGUAAGUUAAUUUAAGUUGUUUAUCAAAAAAUGCUUGGUGUUGUCUAGAGUAUAUGAAAAUGCACCGCCUCUGUUAGCCAAUGUUCAAGGUACGAUUUUAGAAACCAUUGUUGCCACCUAUGCCUCCUGGAGGAAUCAAGAGUGCAACUAAGGGGAAAGUACUGUUUUUUUUUUGACAGACUGCGGUUAACCAGAAUGGAAAUGGACUUUUGUGUGAAGUGGAAAUUAAAGUUUUGAUGCUUUUUUGGCAGCUCCACAAAGCAUUCUUGCAAAUGUUUUUUCUCCAGGUUAUAAAAAAAAAUCACACAAACAAUAUUAUUCAUCUCCUCAUCUGCAACUUUUUCAUUUAGGAGUAGCUGUCAUGUGUCAGAAACCGCAGAACCUCAGAAGUCAUAGCAGGGAUUGGUUUGCUGAAUUAAAAUACACGUUGCUCCUGACUUAUAGCAAAUGUUAGUCCUUACACCUGUGUAUAUACUCCAUGACUUUUUUGCACUCUUGUUGCCACACUGUUCUGUAUGGAAAGUCCAUUUCAACACUGUAUUGCCACCAGAAUAUUUAUUUAUUAAUGUGUUAUUUAAUUGUGUGGAUAAUGUAAUGAGCACUAUUGCAGCUUGCUGCAGUAGGUCAUUUAAUUAUGUUUACAUAUCGCUGCCUACAUGUGAAAUAUAUGGUGCACUGUGGUUCUCUGUAUGGUUCCCAAAAGAAUAAAUAGAGCUAUUUUAUUGCCA